UAAUAUAAUUUUCCCUUAUUUAUUACGCAUUACGGCAACACUCUUCUCUCUCUCUCUCUCUCUCUGUUUCUCUGGCAAGACAGCUUUCCCUGAAGACAGGCAGUCGUCCUUUUCUUUAUCCCUAGAUGGGUUUUCUGUUGAAGGCCCUGUUUUUCUCGCUCUUUUUUCUCUGCCCCCAAACACCCCCAGCCAAGGCCGAGCACUUCUCCAACUCCACCGUCUCCGGCGUAGCCAGGAGCAGGAAGCUCGCCGGAAGCUGCAAUCUCUUCAGAGGCAAAUGGGUCUUCGAUCCCUCCUAUCCUCUCUACGAUCCCUGGACCUGCCCAUUCAUAGAUCCGCAGUUCAACUGCCAGAAAUAUGGCCGACCCGACAAAAUGUACCAGAAGUACCGGUGGCAGCCAUUCUCCUGCAGCUUGCCAAGUUUUAAUGGGGUGGAUUUCUUGGAGAGGUGGCGGGGGAAGAAGAUAAUGUUCGUGGGGGACUCACUGAGUCUCAACAUGUGGGAGUCGCUGAGUUGUAUGAUCUACUCGUGGGUGCCCGAGGCAAGGUACUCGUUCGUCAAGAGAGGCUCGUUUGGCUCAGUCACCUUUGAGGACUAUGGGGUGCAAAUAUUACUGUUUCGGACGCCAUUCCUGGUGGAUUUGGUGAACACGGAGAUGGGGACGGUUCUGAAGUUGGACUCGAUCCGACAGGGCAACGCAUGGCGAGGAAUGGACAUGCUCAUCUUCAACUCCUGGCACUGGUGGUCGCACGCUGAGAGAAUUCAGCCAUGGGACUAUAUGCAAGAGGGAAAUAAUUUGUACAAAGAAAUGAACCCUUUGGUCGCUUACUAUAAAGGGCUAACCACAUGGGCCAGAUGGGUGAACCUAAACAUCGACCCGGCCAAGACCAAAGUGUUCUUCCAGGGCAUCUCCCCCACCCAUUAUGAAGGCAAGGAUUGGAACGAGCCCUCAAAAUCAUGCUACAGUGAGGCAUUGCCAUAUUUCGGCCUAAGGUACCCUGCCGGGACACCCAUGGCCGCGGUGGUGUUGAACAAGGUGUUGAGACGGAUCAAGAAGCCGGUCUAUUUGCUCGACAUCACGGGUCUCUCUCAGUACCGGAAAGACGCCCAUCCGACGCUCUACAGCGGCGAGCACCCCGGCAAGGAUUGCAGCCACUGGUGCCUGCCUGGGCUGCCGGAUACUUGGAACCAGCUGCUCUAUGCAGCUCUUGUUAGUUGAUCAACCAACACAAAGCGCAUUGGUAUCGCACUCGAUCUAGGCUCUCUUGAAAUUAAGGAAUUGGUCAUUGUUUGGUUUGGUAGGAUUAAUUAUUUGUCCCAAAAUUUCCCAUUUUAGGUAGGCAAUAAGAAUGCCUCCUUCAAUUGUAAACUAGUGUUCUUCUAGCAGGAAAGAUCACGUAGGUCAAACAACUUAUUGACCAAUUUUUCAAAUUAGAGAGUGAGCUUUAUAUAUUGAAGGCUAGGAUGAACAACUUAUUAAGUCAUAGUUCUAAGUGCGUGAAUUUUUAAUUACUUGCUAAUUUUAUCUAUUCUUUUGAUGAUAGGAGGAUUGUUAUUUUUUUUUCUUAGAUGGCC